AUGUUUAAAAUAAGAGAAUUACCAGUUGCUUGGAAAUGUGGUGGAGCAUUUUGUGUUUGUAAACUUGGUGGAAAUCAAGAAGAAGAACUUGUUCUAGAUCCAUGGAUGAGUGAUUAUUUACAUAACAUCAAAGUAACCAUACUAAAGAAAUGGCAGGAUAUAGCUGGCGAAAAUAUGUGA